AUGGGUUCACGUCUCUCUCGACACGAACAAGCAAGAUUGUCAUUCUCAAGAAAAUCAAUUCAAUCUAAUGGAUCUCCACGUAAAUCUUACGACUCCGCUCUUAGAAAAUCCGCCGAAGAGAAAAUUAAUGGAAGAGACCAUGCAUACAGGGAAGAAAACCCAAAAUUCGCCAUUCCAGAAUAUACGCAAGGAAUUCCACGUCUAGAGGUUCAACAUUAUCUUAUGCGAUAUCUUUAUCAAGGGAAUUUUUCUUCGCCGCGAGACGCUCUCAAUUACCAAGAUAGUCGUAUUCUUGAUUUCGGAUGUGGCGCUGGCACAUGGGCAAUAGAAAUUGCUAAAGAAUUUCCUAACUGUGAAGUGACGGGUGUCGAUAUCUCUACUUUCUUCCCAAUUAACAAUGAUACACCAAAUGUCAAGUUUCUUGAACAUAAUUUCCAAGAAAAUCUUCAGCUACCAUUCGACGACAAUACUUUUGAUCUCGUUCAUAUGAGAUUUUUAUUAGCGGACGUGAAAGAGAAAGAUUUUGAAAACGUAUUAAUUCCAGAACUUAUAAGAGUAACUAAACCGAAUGGCUGGAUUGAACUACUCGAAUUUGAUGUCCAACAUUUCAGUGAUGGACCAACUACACGUCGAUUAACUAAUGCCUUAAUGAAACAUCUGCGAUCGAAUGGCUACAACGGUCAAAUAAGCGAUAAUCUUCCACAAUAUCUAAAGAAAACACAGCAAACCGACGUUAUUAAGCAACAUGAUAAAGCAAUAGCACUAGGACGCUGGGCAAACAAAGUCGGAGAAUUGGCAAUCGAUGACAUUUCGAGACUAUUUAGUGAUAACAAAGAGCUUCCACGCACAAUGGGAAUCACCGAUGAAGAAUACCAAAAACUAAUAGAAGCAUACAAACAAGAAGUAGAAACUAAACGAACCUUCUUCCGAACACAUCGAUUCUACACACAAAAAAUUGAGAAA